AUGAACGCUUCGGAAUCAAAUAUAAUUGCGGAUGCCAUCAUAAGAAAUAUGUAUAUAGAAUUCACUAAAGGAAACAUUACGCCACUCCAUAUCAUAUCAUUUAAUUCUCGGACUCUUUAUGAAAGCUUUGUAAUUAUUCUGACUUCCAUAUCAAAUAAUUCUCAAAUUUCAUUCCAAGACCAAUACAUUCCCGUAGAAAAUUUGAUUUUCGACUACAUAAUUGGAAAUUUUCCUAGCCGAUAUAUAUCUUUUCAGAAUGAAGAUAAAACAAACGAAUCCUUUUCCGUUCUUACUACCGGAUUCCUCGAGGAGACCCAAACUACGCAUGAAAAGUACAAAUACAUCUUAUCUCUGACCGACAGCGAAAAUCUUCCUUAUGAACUCCUUUCAAUAUAUGCCAAUCUCAUUCCCAAGUUCACUCCUUCAUCAAAGCAAUUCAAAGAAAUUAUGUUACAUCUCAGAAUGACGAUAAAAUGCAUAAUUGAGAUUUCUAAUUCUAGUUCAAUCCUUAUGAAGCUUAUUUCCUUCAUUAACUCAUGUCAAAACAGUUACAUCAUUAUUCCUCUCUGCAGCAUCUAUCUAACUCUCAUUGCCGACUUUUACUACAUGGAAGAAUUAUAUUUAUCAAAAUUCUAUGAAACGAUUCUAAACAUCUUCACUAAGAAGGAGGACAAGCGAAGGAUGACGGCGCUUCUCAAUCACUUUUCUAUAUUUUACUGCGUUACAUUCAUGCGAUCCAUCAUUUCCUUGGAACAAUUCCCCAAUCACUUAGAGAUGGCCAAUGAAAACCCAGUUCUAUUUGCUCUGAAAUGCAUUAUCAGCAACAUCGACUGCAUGUCACAGCUUCAUUCUUUCAACAAGGACUUCCCAUUUUUAUUUAUUAAACCUAACACCAGAAACAAAGCAAACUCAGAGAGAUUCUUAUUAUGCUUUAUAGACAAGUUUAAUCAAAUUGCAGACUAUUUGAUACUUCCUUCUUUUUCUCGAGCAUUUUUCCAAAUGGCAAAUUUCGUUGGAUACAGAAUUGACUGCUCAUUCCUCUCCAGUCAUCUUUUGAGAAGAAUGAUUGAUCAUAUCAAAGAUGGCCAGCUGGAUAAUAGAUAUUACUCCCUUGUAACUUCAUCUGAUAUUAUGUUAUCUGAUAUGCUAAGUCAUGGAAUAAGUAAACAACUUGCAAUGAAUUUUGUGCAAGCUUUGUUUAUUGCAACAACAGAUUCCGAUGAAGAGUUCUUUAUAAAAAGUUUCUUCCUCGCAACAAAAUACUUUUUGGAAGCAAAACCAUUUUCUUUUGCCAUUUUCCAUGCACUCAUAUCAAAUUUUGUCAGACUACCGCACAAAGCUCUUUCUCAUGAUAUUUACCAAUACGUAGAUUUCAUUGCAUCUUGCUUCCAAGUAAUUCAGUCUUCAUCAUACAAGAUGCCCCUCAAUCCAUACUCAAGUCUCAUAGCCUCAAUAAAAAUGAUCAUAGAAAAGUUCAGAGGAAAAGAAAAUAUUAAAGUUGUUGAUUCAAUGAUUUCUCAAAUAUUUGUCAGCUUUUUCAAUUCUUCUGAAAAACUACCAUUUGGUGUUGAAUUAAUUACAAUUUUCGAAAAAUAUUUGGAAGGAAUCAAUGAACUCCCAGAAAUACCCAGAACAUUUCUUACUAUUUUCCCUCCGUUUUUCAACAAGGUUAACGAAACAUCAGAGCAUUUGGCUGCAGUUUACAUCAAUUGUUUAGUUUCAAUUGGAAACAAAGAAGCGAAUUUUAUAUUCUCAUGUGAGUUACUUGUUGAUAUUUUAUUCAAAAUUCAGGAAAAAACAAAAUUUAUGCCAAUAAUCCUUCGUUUCUUUGAUCAUCAAUUCUCACAAGACAGAGAUAGACAGAAAAGGAACGAAGAAUACGCUUUCUUUAUAAAUAAUUACAAAAAGAAAUGCGCAAACAUUAAUUUUGAUGACGAUCAAGACUUCUUACUUGUCAGAGGUGGAGAUCCUUACUUAUGGUUUAGAAGACGAAAUGGCAUCAUUCAAAUUUCGUCUUCUAAUAUCACUGGUUCCUCUAAAUACUGCAUCGACUUUGAAUCAAAUUGCAAAUUACUUCCUUUUGAUAGGAAAUGCUGCAAGAAACAGGCAGAUUUACUGAACGAAUCUUGGGGAAUACUGACACCGGCUAAACCAAUUGGAAUCCUUGUAGACAUGAUGAAUGAUUUCGCACACAAAGAGUUCCAGGUUGCUGAUGAUAUACAGCUUUUUGCACCAUCGAUGAAAAAGAUUUUCAGUAGGAAUUUGAAAACUACUUGUAAGGCAAAUAUUUUGUAUGUCAACUCGGAUAAAUUUGACAAAGCAGCUGACGUCUCCAAGUUCUCUCCUGAUUUCAUUUCCUUCUUGAAAUCUCUUGGAAAAGUGAAAUUCUUCGAGAAAAGUGUUGAGAUAACUUGUGAUGAAAGCCAAGAACAGCAUUCCAGUUCAUUCAUGGAUCUCAGUCAGUAA